GUCAAAUCCUUCGGAUCCUUCCUCCUCUCUGAUUUUGAUUCUGUUCUCACACCAACAAGCAAAAACAUUACUAUCAAGCAAUAUUUCAAAAACAAGACCAUGGACUCGCUCCCAGUACUAGCAGUAGACCCCAUCAGUAUUGCCAUUGGCAUUGGAAUAGGUCUAUUACUCUCCUUUCUACUAGUCCCCAAACCCAAACCCGUCAUAAUCCCCGUCAAUCCAUCCAUUGAGAAAGAGAAUCCCAAGGUCGGCCUUCGAUGUACCGUCAAGGAUAUUGAAGAUCUCAUUGAAGCGUCUCCCAAAGGAAAGGUAUCCUACUGUCGGUGUUGGAGAUCGGAAAAAUUCCCUUAUUGUGACGGAGCGCAUCGGGACUACAAUGCCGAAUGCAAGGAUAACACUGGACCAUUGACUAUUGUCAAGCAAGAAUAAAAUAAGAGACCCACCAUCACUGCAGUUUCUGUCGCCACCAAAUGAACGACCUUUUUGGGUUGCCACAAAAAUUCAGACAAGAAUAAAAAGAGGCUAUUCGCUCCUCAAUAUCAGUGCAAAACAACCAGCGAUGCCAUUUAUCGUCUAUUCAAUCGCUCCUUCAAUCAACAAAUAAUAUCACGCAAAGAGGGCCAGAAAUAUACAUGUCCAUCGAAUCAAAUUCGGAUGGCACGGCAUGAUCACGAGAUCUUGUAUUUCAAUAGACUAAUACAGUAGGGAUACUCGUAACAUUUCGUUUUUCAUCUGG